AUGUCCUCGUUCCUGGUACACAACAGCGGCGUCGCCAUCUUCGGCUUCUGCAUGUUCCUCUGCCUUCUCUACGUUCUACUUUUCAGGAGCUGCGUCCGCCACCGGCGCAGCGCCUCCACCGGCGAGGUCGACGACUUGGCGCUUCGCGAAGCCGGACUCAGUCAGCCGACCAUUGACGCGCUGCCGAGCUUCGUGUACCGCGGCCGCGGCGAAAGCAAAGACGGCGCCGCUUCCGCCACCGUCGACUGUGCGGUCUGCCUAGGCCAGGUGGCGGAGGGGGAGAUGGUGAGGCAGCUGCCGACCUGCCGCCACGCCUUCCACAUCGAGUGCAUUGACAAGUGGCUGCGCUCCCACUCGCUCUGCCCGCUUUGCCGUGCCGACACAAAGCCGCCCCCGCCACCGCUGCCGGAAUAA